AUCCACAAAUAUAGACUACCAGUGUACAGAAUCUUUCCAGUUCAGUCGGCAGCAUCUUUGACAGACAGGAACUUCGUUACAAGUCUACCUACGACAUCACAAAAUGCCUUUCGUUCCCGUAGAGACUCCCAAGUGCCCAGCGUGCGGCAAGUCGGUAUACGCUGCCGAGGAGCGCGUUGCUGGUGGUUACAAAUUCCAUAAGACUUGCUUCAAGUGCAGUAUGUGCAACAAGGCUCUGGACUCGACAAACUGCACUGAGCACGAGAAGGAACUGUUCUGCAAAAACUGCCACGGACGCAAGUACGGUCCUAAGGGAUACGGCUUUGGCGGUGGUGCUGGUUGCCUGUCGAUGGACUCGGGGGCACAUUUAAAUAGAGAAUAGAGCGGUUCCUGACCAAUUUUGUUAAAGUCAACAACCAAUCGUCUUGACCCUAUGUGUUAUAUUUAUCCAGAUAUAUAUAAAUUCUACGGUAAAAAUUAUUUUUGUAUUCAUUUUCAUCACUGACUGUAACCUAAUAAAAGGAAUUUUAAAAUAGAACUUAAUAUUUAAAAUAUA